CCCAUCUCUCAAACCAACUCCUGACACCAUGGCCUGCUGUCAAACUAGCUUCUGUGGAUUUCCCAGCUGCUCCUGUGGGACCUGUGGCCCCAGCUGCUGCCAGCCAAGCUGCUGCCAGACCAGUUGCUGCCAGCCAACCUGCUGCCAGACCAGCUGUUGCCAGCCAACCUGCUGCCAGACCAGCUGCUGUGGGACCGGCUGUGGCACUGGCUGUGGCCAGGAUUGUGGCUGUGGAGGUGUAAGCUGCCGCACCAGGUGGUGCCGCCCUGACUGCCGCGUGGAGGACACCUGCCUGCCCCCCUGCUGUGUGGUGAGCUGCACGCCCCCAACCUGCUGCCAGCUGCACCAUGCCCAGGCCGCCUGCUGCCGCCCAUCCUACUGUGGACAGUCCUGCUGCCGCCCAGCCUGCUGCUGCUACUGCUGCGAGCCCACCUGCUGA